ACUGCUCCUACGGCCGAGGGAAACAAAGCGUCACGAGAGGAAGAAGGCUGUUAAAAGCACAGACAGGACCGAACAACUCCUCCAGAGGGAGAAGGGGGGACCUCGCAGACACAGCUCUGGCAUUUACAGUGAGUGGUCAAGCUUGACACACAUUUGCUUCUGCUUGCUGUGGACCGAGUGAGAAAUGGAGGCCAGACGACUGAAAAGAGACAUUGAAGCAUUACUUGGUGAUUACAUUGGACAGAAACUCUGGGAAAAUGGAUUUGAUCCCAAAGGGAAAGGAACGUCUACCAUGUUGGAUGACCUUGCCCAUUAUGACUUGGCUAUUAGUGUGGCACUGUGGUGGUUGAAUAAAGAUGAUGGCAAAGACCUCAUGGAAAAUUUCAUCAUAAGCCCUGGACACAUACAGUACCCCAACCGAAUGGAGCGAGAAGCCAUGAUCCUCUCCUCCUUUGCCGGGGUGAUCAUGAACAGCUUGCCAGUGAAGGACAUCCUGUCUCUGUACAACUGCAAGCCAUCUGCCUCUUACCCUCACAGUCAAACUAAGAGUGCUAUUGUUCACCCAUUUGCCUUGUCCUACCACCCAUUUGCCAUGCUUGGCUCCUACAAAGCAGUGGAUCACUCACGCAAGCACACUGAGAGGCUGAAACGCUGGAAGUCCAUCCACUGUAAGGCUGCCCCCGCUGUGAGGCAAGGUGCACUCCCGUCACCAUCAUGUUCCUCUGAGUCAUCUUUCUCGGACAGUGGAGACUCCUUGACUGAGAAGACAGAGCAUUAUGAGGGGUCACAAGAAUCCCUGCAGGACUGAAGUCAGAACAUGUCAUUUCCAGAAAUAUAAUGAGAGUGUCCAGCAUGAGAGUUCUGCUGCAGGGCAUCUUCAAUGACGCCUUCUUUGUCACCUUCUCUACAUCAUUGCAUGGAUGGGAUCUGCCUUGCGUUUCAUGAUUUGUUUCUUUUUCUUCUUUUGCUUCCCCACAGAACUUCAGUGGCUCUGUUAUGUGCUUUUUCACGAGGUAUACUUAAAUGAAUCAAAGUGUUAAACCCUUUAAAUAAACUUCUGUUAAGAAAAGC